GGUGGAACUUCCGGCCAGGAUGGUCUGGUUCCGUAGGGGCUGUGUGGCCGGGCCCCACUGUGGAUGGGGAAAAUCCUUUGGAAGCUGUAUGGAGGAUGAAUAGAGUGGAAAGAGACCUGAGGCAGGGAGACCAAUUAGGAGGCCAUUAAAGUAAUACAGAUGUCCCCAGUAUUCUGUAGCUCUUGCCUGAGACAUCUGAGCUGGACAGUCCUGCACCUCUUGAUGGAAGAUGAUGGCCCUGGGCAGGCUUUCCCAGAGAUUUGAGAGUGCCCUGAUUGAGGACUGGAAAGGAGAUGGUGGCCCUGGGCAGGCUUUCCCAGAGAUCUGAAAGUGACCUGGUUGAGGACUGGGUCAUGCUGAAUUCAGGGCAUCAUUUUGACUGGAUAGGAAAUGCCUUUGGGAGGGUGAUGAAGAAUAAAGUUGGGAGGUUUCUGCCUGUGUCUCUAAGGGACCCCAGAGGACCAGGUAAUGGCAGCUGAGCUCCUAUCAGCCAGGCCCCAGGCAUUGGUAACUUUUGAGGAUGUGGCUGUACACCUCACCCAGCAGGAGUGGGCCGACCUGGGCCCUGCUCAGAGGCAUCUCUACAGGGAGGUGAUGCUGGAGACCUACAGGAAUGUGAUCUCAUUGGGAUUUCCAGUGUCCAAACCUCAUAUGAUCUCUCAGCUGGAACGAGGGGAAGAGCCAUGGGUCCUAAGCAUGAAGGUAGCUGAGAGGAGAAAGAUUCUGAGAGGCAACUGUUCAGAUUGUGAGACCAGCAACAAGAAAAAGGAAUUGACUUCUACACAAGAAAUUCCUGAAGAAAAGGAAUCAAAGAGAGCAAUAUUGGAAGUACUCAGAGGAAAUAUUACCCAGCCUUCCAAAUUUCAUAAUGUUGAUGAAAUCAAAGGCAGUUUAAUUCAAUCUCAGAGGAAUGCUACUGGGAAAAGACUCAAGAAAUCACUUUCCAAAGAACAAAGUGUCAAACCAGUGACAGUGAUCCAUAGGAAUAUUAGCCCAGGACAAGUACCCUCCAAAUUUAGUGAAUCUAGGAGAGGCUUCAGUAUGAACUCAAAGCAUAUUAAACAGCAGAGUAUUUUCACAGGAGAAAAGCCUUAUCAAUAUGAUACAAAUGAACAAAGUUCCCAACAGAAUCCUGACCAGAGAGUACAUAUUGGAGAGAAAUACUGUAAACCUAACAUAUGUGAAAAAACAUUCAGGCAGAACUCAGACCUGAUUGAACAGCAGGAUGUUCACAUUGGGCAAAAGUCCUAUGAAUGUAAUGAAUGUGGGAAAAUCUUCUCUGUGAGCUCAUCCCUUAUUCAGCACCAGAGAAUUCACACAGAAGAAAAACCCUAUGAGUGUAAAGAAUGUGGAAAAACUUUCAACCAUAGUUCUAAUCUUAACCAACACCAGAAAAUUCACACUAGAAAGAAACCCUAUGAGUGUAAUGAAUGUGUCAAAGCCUUCUAUCAACAGUCUAACCUUAUCCAACAUCAAAGAAUUCACACCGGAGAGAAACCUUAUAAAUGUAUGGAAUGUGGAAAAGCCUUAAGUACACGAUCUUCUCUUAUUCAACACCAGAGAAUUCACACUGGAGAGAAACCCUAUGAAUGUAAUGAAUGUGGGAAAACCUUCAUACGAGGUUCUAACUUCAUUGAUCACCAGAGAAUUCACACUGGAGAGAAACCCUAUGAGUGUAGUGAAUGUGGUAAAGCCUUCUCUCAGCACUGUAACCUUAUACAACACCAGAGAAUUCACAAUGGAGAGAAACCCUAUGAAUGUAGUGAAUGUGGGAGAGCUUUUGUUGCACUUGCAAAUUUGAUUCAACAUCAUAGAAUUCAUACUGGAGAAAAACCCUAUGAAUGUCACGACUGUGGGAAAACCUUUCGUGCAAGCUCAUACUUUACUCAGCAUUGUAAAAUACAUACUUAGAAAAACUAUACGUGCUAGUACGAAAGCAUUUAGUGAACAUGCAUCUCAUUCAAAAUCAAAGAAUUCAAAGCGAAGAGAAUCCAAGAAACAUUUAUUAAGCAUCUACUAUUGAUGAGGCCUUGUGCUAGGUGCUAGGGAUACAAAAACCAGAAAACAUGAGGAAUUUACAUUAUACUGGGAGAAUGCACUAUAUUCAUAGAUAAGGAAAUACAAAAUAAUUAAAGUAGGGAGGGCAUUAACAGCCUUUGUAUCCCCAGAACUUA